GAACAGCGGCGCGGGCGGGAGCUGCCGGCCCGGGGCCGGGCGCACGGCGGAGCCCAGCGGCCCCGCUCCGCUGGGAUUCGGGCUUUCCUCCGCCUCCUCCCCCUCCUCUUCCUCCUCCUCCUCCUCCUCCUCCUCCUCAUCCGCAGCAGCAGCAGGAGCAGCAGCAAAACCCCGAGAUUUUGGUGCGGGGAGGGGGAGGGGGGGGGGACGCGCACAAAGGUGCGGCGGCGAUGAUGUGCGUGACCUGCGAGGCAGGGUCUGCCCGCUGCGCCCGUCCCCGCCAGCACGCUCACCUGCUUCAGGGAGAGACCCGGCCGGAUUCUGAUCCGGUUUAUCUUGGUCCCGUCCUGGCGCAGCGCCCUGAGCCGACAGGGAGUUCCCUCUGCUCGACACGGGGCGUGAGCUCAGACAUCGGCCCUGCUGCUCUGUCUGGGCGUGCUGGGGACAGAGCUUCCAACGAUGCUCUUGGAGAACGUGCUGAAAUCAAAGUAACAGCUCAAACCAUGAGCCCACGGACCCCUGCCCCUCCUCAGCUCACCCCGUCCGAGCAUCCCGCGGCAUCGCUUGGAUGCUCGUGACCGCCGGAGAAGCAGCCUGGGACCCCGGCAUUUGCAUCCUCCUGUGCCCCGGGGUGACCAUAGAUCUCGGUGCGGUCAUUUUGACCUGCGUGGAGGCAGCUAGUGCAUCCCUGACGCGGCUGCGACCUCCGUCGCUCCCGGACACGCAGCAGCGGGAUUGAAAUGCCGUGCGAAAGGCUGGGCUUUGUCCCGUAGUCGCGCAGUGGGACUUCCCCGCCGGAGGAAACUUGGUGGGGACCGAGCGCUCGAGGGACUGGACGUUCCUGUGGAUAUUGUAACAUUCCCGAGUGAUCGUAAUUAAAGCUGGCAGUUUGGAAGGGAUAUUAAACCUUCUGCAUCCAAGCUGACGCUGAGCAAUUUGAGACCAGAAUGAGACCCCAUGGGGGAGUUGGAUUAAGCCACUCGGGCUUCCCAUGGGCCUUUCCCGCGUCCCUCUGAAGCGCCUGGUCGUGCCAACGGACCAAAGAGCUGGAAGUUUACGGGUUCCUCCCAGCAGCAGCAUCUCCCAGGGCUGGACCAGCAGCGCUGAGGGGGCCGGGGUGGCCGCCGUCCCAGCCCAGGCGUGGGGGGACUCAGCCGUGGAAAGGAGCGGAGCAGCCUCUGGGCUGGGGAACGCGCCGUGAGCUUGCUGCGAAGCCUCAGCUCCGCCAGCCACGAGGAGGUGCGGGGCUGGAUACGGCCCGGAGAGAAAGGAAGGAAAAUUGUUGGUGUUUGUGCUUCUGGAGGGGCGGAGGCGGCAAAUUGCCUCGGUGGCCUCUCCCCACCUCGUCGGUGGAUGAUGCAUGGCCGGUGCUUGGGGCUCGAAUAGAUGUGGCAGGGGGCGAUCUGCUUUGACCCCCCAGCUCCUGCCUGGGGAGCCCAGUUCCCCCCCAGUCCAAGCAGGAGCACCCACGGGUUUUUUCCUAGCCACGCACACCCACCUUCUGCUCUUUGCGUGCCACCCGUGGGCACGCAGCUCCCGGUUGCUGGCAGCCUCCUGUCUGCCCAGCGUUCGGUGCGUAUGUGAAACACGGUCAUCACUGCGUGCGUCCCCCUCCCCGCCGCCUCCCGCUUCCCCGGCAGCGCGGGGCUCGGGGGGGCCGGCGGCCGGUGCUGGGGGGGGCCGCCCGGGGAAGGUGCCUAUUGUGCGGAGGCAGCAAGGCGUGUUUGUGUAGCCAAGCGAGCGAAUGUGCCAGGCGCUCGGCUCGGGAGACCCGUGUGCCGGGGCCGGGAGGUUCCUCCCGUUCCCAGGCCGGUUUCGGAGGCGCGUCGGCAGCGUCGCCACCGUGGGCAUCGCUGUUCGGGGGUCCCCGGGCCAGCCUCCCCGAUGUUGGCUCAGUGAGGGAGGACAGCCCAAAAAUUAGGGCUGAGGCUCGCGUCGGUAACAGCCCAUGCAGCCACGGAUUCCGGCGUGCAGCGUGCCUCAGUUUCCCCGUCUCGCAUCAUGAGCAGAGCCGUGCUUCCAGCCCUCCCGGGCUUAUUGGGAGGAUAAACAGCGGUGGAGUAAUAUGCCAGGAAUCCAGGACCCCGGGAUCCUCCUGGCCUGCUCUGUGACUCAGUUUCCCAGUCGCCGCGGUGCGUGUUGGGUCUAGCAGGAAAACACCCGCCCAGAUGCGGCCAACGUUUCCUUCUGCUCCUGCUCGGCCCCGGUGGCGGGAAGCCGGGUAUCGCCGGUGCGCGAAGGGCUGCUUCACACCCCUCUCAUAACCACGUUAGAGCAUCCUGGCUUAAUGCUGGGAUUUAUCUAAUUGAUCUAGGCUUGCAGAUGGUAGAAAAAGAGCACCGGUGGCGUAAAUCGCUGAGCUCUGGAUGCUCGUCGAUCCGCUCAAGCGCGAAGGCAGCCGGUUCGGUCCCAACCCUCUUGGCCGGGACAGAAGUUGUUCGGCCACCGAUUUCUCCCUCUGCCCUUUGCUAAAGCGGGUUUUUCUCCAGCAAGCAUCACGCCUGGCUCCCGUGAGGUCUCGGAGCUGGAUAGAAGUGGGGAGAGAGCCACGCGGUGUGGGUUUGCGCUGCCCAGUCCGGGGGGCACGCUGCCUCGCCGGGGAUGGGAGGAGAGGAUUUCCCUCUCGGGAUUCACCCUGGAGCUGUUGGAAAUAAGAAAGCUUUCUCAUCUAGAAACGCUUGGAUCUAUUUUUUGGGGGCAUUUGAAUGCAAAAGAUGGUUCGUGUUUGAGGUCUGCGGACUCAAAGGCAGGAGAGACGGCGGCAGCGGCUUUUCUGACUGCCCCGAAGCCCCAGCCGAGCCCUCUCUGCUUUGAACCCUGUGAUGUGCUCCAGCAUCAUCCUGAGAAGCCAUCCAGUCUGGACUUGAAGAUGUCAAGAGAUGGCAAAUCCUCUCCUCCCCUGGGGAGUUUGUUCUGAUGGUUAAUCACCUCGCUAUUAAAAAUGUGAGUUUUCCUCCUCGUUUGCAUGCGUCUGGCUCUCGCUCCCAGCCCUCGGCGGUUGCUCGGCGUCUCCGCGGGCUCGGUGAGGCGAAGCCGCUUCUCCUCCUGGAGACGAGGCAUCCAUUUCCAGCCUCUCCACCUGAGCACCUUGUGCUGCUGAACCGGCUUUCCCCACUCUGCCAGGCAAACCACCCCAAAAAAUAACCUCUUUCUUCCCCACCAGAGCGGCCAAGUUGCUCCGCUGGCACCGGAGCGGCCGCAGCACAGGAGGACGGGGAUCUCCCGGCUCCAGCGACCUAGGGGGUGGCUGCUUGAUUUACAAAUUAACCUUGCAAAACUGCUGGGUUGGGGGUUAUUCCCCCCCCACCAGCCUUUGCUGGGGAGAAAGUUUGGCCGUUUUGGUACGAGCAAGACAGAGGGUCCUCGUUGGCCAGAGCCGAGCCCAGGUCCGGGUGCGGAGAUCGCCCGUGGUUCAUCGUGGCUCACACUGGAGCAAACCACCCCGCACCGCUGCUCUGCCCUGGGAAAGCGCCCCGAAGCCGCUGCCGUAACCUCUGCCCCGUCGCCAGCUUGUGAUUGAAGGGCCGGGCUUCGCCGCAGCCUCUGCAGCCGUUCCCAUGGCUCGUUGCUCGCUCCCCUUGGAAACGCGUGCCUUGUUCUCCCGCUGAAUGGAUCGACCUUCAUCUCUCGCCUCUGGCUUUGCCUUCGGGAGCCGGGUGGCCCCGGGGUCCCCACGCCACUCGUGCGGCUGUGGACACCCCUGACUCGCGGGCGGACUUGAAGGGUGGCUGCUGGCGACGGGAUUGCGGUGGCUGAGGACUGUUAAAUCCUUGAAUUGCUGUGUUGGAAAACCCCAUCUUGAUUUCGGCCGAUAAAUCAGCUUCGCCUCUCCAGGAGGGCCUGGCUCUGGCUGGAGCGGGCAGGCGCGGGAGCGGAGCUUGGGCUGGCUCUGGACACCUCGGGGAGGGUCGCGUCCAUCGGCAGGCGGCCGUGCGGUGCAGGGGUAUGGGGCAGGGUGCCGAUGCAGCGUGGUGGUGAUGCCGGGGCAGAUUUUGGGCUGUAGUGGUGUGGGGGGGGGCAUCCAGCCCACCCUCGUCGUCCUCCCCUGCCCAUCACUCUUCUCAGGUGCUCACCCGGGUCAAGGCCAAGCGAGGAGCUCUCAUUGGGGUGGGUGCCCCCAGAGAGAGCCGGGGUGGGUGACCUGUAGGACGAGAGUGGCCGGCGGUGCCAGGCGUGACGUGUUGCGGCGUUCCCCCAAACACGUGGCUGGGUGGUCCCGGUCCCCGGGGAGGGGAUGCCGCGAAGCAUCCGCAUGCGGCAGGGACGCCUGGCUCUUCAUUUCCUUCUCUCUUUACUUCCCCCAGCUCGACCGCGGACCUCCGGCUCGGCCGCCCGUCCCGUGAGCGGCCCCCCAUGCGCAGCCCCCCUCCGGCGCCCGCCAGCUGGAUGCCGUCCCCACCGGAGGCUCAGGAUGCCCCAAGUGCCUCGGUGACCGCCGGGACGGGGGACAGCACCCGCCUGCAGCCGCCUCGCCCUGACCUCCCGCGCCGCCCCGACGGCGGGCGAGCCGUUUUCUCCUGAGACGAGCCCAGCCAGGUGAUCAAAAUAGAGUCCCUCAAGGUGACGGUUGACUUCUUGAAGGUGCCCCUCGGCCUGAAGAAGCCCCCUCUGAAGGAGGCACUGGCCGCCGUCCCGGGGCCGGGGAGACCCAAGCCCCUCGGCGUGGAGCGGCACAAGCCCCGGCGCUCCGACACCAUGGACAAUGAGUCGCAAUACUCGGGAUAUUCCUACAAGUCCGGGCAUUCCCGCAGCUCCCGCAAGCACAGGGACCGGCGGGACCGGCAUCGCUCGAAAAGCCGGGACGGGAGCCGUGGGGACAAGUCGGUGACCAUCCAAGCGCCGGGCGAGCCCUUGUUGGACAACGAGUCGACUCGGGGGGAUGAGAGGGAUGACAACUGGGGCGAGACGACCACGGUGGUCACGGGGACGUCGGAGCACAGCAUCUCGCACGAUGACAUCACCCGCAUCACCAAGGACAUGGAGGACAGCGCCCACCUGGACUGCUCCCGGCACCUGGGCGUCUCGCUGGCCGGGGCGCUGGCGCUGCUUGCCUUCCUCACCCCCCUCGCCUUCAUGCUCCUGCCCCAGCUGCUGUGGCGGGAGGAGCUGGAGCCCUGCGGGACACCCUGCGAGGGGCUCUUCAUCUCCGUGGCCUUCAAACUCCUCAUCCUCCUGCUGGGCAGCUGGGCUCUGUUCUUCCGUCGCCCCAAAGCCUUCUUCCCUCGCGUCUUCGUCUUCCGAGCGUUGCUCAUGGUGCUCGUCUUCCUCCUCGUUGUCUCCUACUGGCUUUUUUACGGUGUGCGGAUCCUGGACUCCCGGGACCGCAACUACCAGGGGGUGGUGCAGUACGCCGUCUCGCUGGUGGACGCGCUGCUCUUCGUGCACUACCUGGCUGUGGUGCUGCUGGAGCUUCGUCAGCUCCAGCCCCAGUUCACCCUCAAGGCCGUCCGCUCCACCGACGGGGCCAGCCGCUUCUACAACGUCGGCCACCUCAGCAUCCAGCGAGCAGCCGUGUGGAUCCUGGAGAACUAUUACCACGAUUUCCCGGUCUACAACCCUGCCCUCCUCAACCUGCCAAAAUCCGUCCUGUCCAAGAAAAUGUCCGGGUUUAAAGUGUAUUCCCUCGGCGAGGAAAACACAACGAACAACUCCACGGGCCAGUCCCGGGCCGUCAUCGCGGCGGCUGCCCGGAGGCGCGACAACAGCCACAACGAGUAUUACUACGAGGAGGCAGAGCACGAGCGCAGGGUGCGGAAACGCCGGGCCAGGCUGGUGGUGGCGGUGGAAGAAGCCUUCACCCACAUCAAGCGGCUGCAGGAGGAGGACCAGAAGAACCCCCGGGAGAUCAUGGACCCGCGGGAGGCAGCUCAGGCCAUCUUCGCCUCCAUGGCCCGGGCCAUGCAGAAGUACCUGCGCACCACCAAGCAGCAGCCCUACCACACCAUGGAGAGCAUCCUGCAGCACCUCGAGUUCUGCAUCACCCACGACAUGACGCCCAAGGCGUUCCUUGAGCGGUACCUGACGGCCGGGCCCACCAUCCAGUACCACAAGGACCGCUGGCUGGCCAAGCAGUGGACGCUGGUCAGCGAGGAGCCGGUGACGAACGGCCUGAAAGAUGGGGUGGUCUUUGUGCUGAAGCGCCAGGACUUCAGCCUUGUGGUGAGCACCAAGAAGAUCCCUUUCUUCAAGCUCUCGGAGGAGUUCGUGGACCCCAAGUCGCAUAAGUUCGUCAUGAGGCUGCAGUCGGAGACCUCAGUGUGAGCUGAAGAGGGAUGGAGAGGGGCUGGGGGGGAGACCCUCUCCGGACCCCUCCGUCUCGUCCUCCCCGUCUCCGCCGGGGCUCAGGGAGGCCACGGCUCGAGCGCAGAACUGCGGCGGGCGCCGGGAAGCAGCACCCACGCCCAGCUCCAUCACCUACCUGUGACCACUCGCCCUCUGCCUCGGCUUGGCCCCCGUUGGGGUGGGCUGAGCCCCUUCCUCCUCCUCCUCCUCCUCCUCCUCCUCCUCCCCGAAACCCAGGUCCGUGUAGCAUCCCCCCAGAAGGCGCAGCCAGCGGCGGGCAGCGGCACGGCCAGGAUGGAGGCGAGCGUUUUGGUGCCAUAACUCAAGGGCUAACUCUACGUGUUCUUCACCAGCGGCUUCCAAGCACCAUCAGGUCCCAGGGACCUUCUGCGCUUGCCUGUUUUCUACCUGGCAACUGUCCUGGCUCUGACCUUAAACCACCACCUGCCGUCUGGGGCUGGUUUUUAAAUCUAGAAUUUAUUUUUUUUUGGGGGGGGGGGGAAUAUUUUGCAAACACCUCCACAGUCUGUGGCUGCUAUGAAAACCUCCCCUGGCAUUCAAGACACCGGAGCGGUGACGCUUCUGGCUGUAGCAACGUCCUCCUCACCUCUCCGCUGGUGGUUUCUGUGCUCAGCUCUUAACAAAAGCAAGUGAAAAUCUGGGUUUUAAGAGAAGCAGAAGGGUUUUUUGUUUUCUUUUUUCAACUGGUUUCCCUGCUGCCAGGGUGACCCGUGUCCCUGGUCCCAGCAGCAUCCCUCUGGGGGGCUUCCCGGCUGGAGCUGCAGCCGUGGGUUGCAGGCAGAGCAGCUUAACAUGUCUCUCGGGGCCCAAUCCUGCACCCGGAGCCAGCUCGGGGCGUGGAGCGAGGGCUGGCGGCUCAGUGAGGUCUUUUAAUUCACAUCCCGUGGUGGUUCCAUGAGCAGGGGCUGCCCCGCCGCCGGGGACGCAAAAGCUUUUGCCUUCCUUUGGUUUUGUUAAGGUCGCAAAUACCUCAUGGAUUUAUUUUAGAUUUGGUUCCCCCACCCCACCCCGGAUCCCAUUCUCCGGCCAUGCCGUGCCCGGUCGGGGUCUUGGGGGGGUCCCGGGGGGUUGUGGCUGGGUAGGUUGGGCUUGGUUUGAUGAUGGGAGCUGCCGAGUUUCAUCCCGGGGAGGCAUGUGGUUGGAUUUGGGUCUGGUUUAUUUUGUCCUAAGCACUAAAGGGGUGUGAGUUCGGGGCGGGGGGCGGGCGGGUAAUGAUGCUGCUCGGGCUGUGGCGCGCUGGCCAGAGGGGCUGGGGGCUUCCCCAGUGAGCACCAGUAGCAACGUUAAGAUGCUGGAGGGGUGCUGGGGGUCUGUCCCCAUCUGGGCACUGCACUGCUCGGGGCUGGAUUUCCCGAUUUCCAGGAAAUCUCCAUUUUUAGGGAGUUUCUGACCCCUGCCUGGGCUUCCCUCGUCUUCCAGCCUCUUGAGGCCGAAGGACCUGGGUUUCCCCCCCUCCGUCUCUGCCGGCUCCAUCAGUGCUGCUGCCACUGGGAGCCCGUUUUGGGGUGUUUUCCUGCAAAAAAUGAUAUCAGUGAGUGCGAGCGGACGGGUCGGCCAGGGAAGGGGAAUUUUCCACUUGGAGUUUAAGAAGAAUAAACCCUUUUUCGUUCAUUUUUGGUUCUUUUUUUUUUUUUUUUUUUUAACCCCGCAGAGCCGAGACCUUGUGCAUGCGUGUAGAAAAUUGUAAAAUGUAAAAUUGUUUUUUAAUAUAUAAAAAGCUUGUUUUUACAGUUUGCAGUGGAUCGAAGCAUUACGGCAGUGGUAGGAAGUUUUGUUGGUUGGUUUUUUUUUUUUCAUAGAGGAACUAAAAUUGUACAAAAUUUUUUUUUUUAUAAAAUAAACCCAUUUUGACUUUU